CGGCCGCGCCCGCAGGGCGGGGUGGCUCGCCUAUGGGCCUUUCCAAAAGCAAACGUAAACCCGGGAAAGGUGAGGAACAAAAGAAGGGGUGCACCUAUUCAGUCCCAAAGGCUAGGGGCAGGUCUACGGACAGGCCUUCCCGAGAGCCUGCGAAGCCUCCAGACACUCAGCCUGUGGAGCGCUUCCAUCAGGAGAAAGAGGCGGCCAAGCAGCAGCGGCCUUCUGCAUCUGGAGUCGAAGAGACACCUGAUGUGAAGUCGAGCAGGAAGCAGGUUGCCGUUCCACAGAUUGUCAUCACCAGAGCCUCAAAAGAGACUCUCAUCAGCUACAGUUCCAUCAGAAGUGAAGAGCAGACAACUAUCCAGGAGCGGGUGGACUGGGGCCCCUACCACCGACACAGGAACCCCAGUACAGUAGAUGCCUACAGUCCACAGAUCAAAGAAGAAACAGGCGCCCCAAAUCGCUGUCGUGAGUCACUAUGCUGAGUCUCAGCGAUGAUGGCAGAAGGGUCACCCUGCCCUGUGGGAAGCUGCAGGUGCCCCUUCAGUAUACGAGGUUCCCCUCAGUGACCACUUUGGUCACACCUCCCCAGAGCAGCUGGCAGUUUGGCAGAGGGCAAGAGUGACUCUGGCUCAGAGUGGACUUUGUGGUAAUAAAUGGAUAAAUCCGUAUACACCUGUUGGACCUGGCUGCUUGUGCACAGUGAUCAACAGAUGGCAGGUGGCAUCUCUUGCUCGGACUCUCGUGGCAGUUAGAAUCCUUCCCUUCCGCUUCUGAGGGAGCGUGGUGUAAGUACUUGGUGGUUACAGUGAAUGCAGUGUCCCCCACACUUGGAAAAAAGGUUGGACUCUGAGGACUAAACUUUACGGUGUCACAUCCCAGAACAGGCAAGAGUGUAGUUGCCUUGGAGGGCCCAAGGGCUCCUCGUGUGACUGUAACCUGAUCAAGGGUAUUAAAGGAUCCAGAAGAAGAAUGUGGAGUGGGGGCAGCCAUGGCACCUUGAACUGUGGAAGUGGCCUUGUCAGAGCUGCCCUGGAAGGAGAGCUGAACUGACACCUUCCUGUUUUUCUGGCUGUGGAUGAGGGCUUCCACUGGUGAGGGGACAUUCAGGGGACCCCCACCCUGGCUGUUUCACCCUCACCAGCAGCCCUCAGGUCAGGCUCCACUCUCUUCUGGGGUGGCUGGAGAGGAUGCCCUGCUCUGUCUGGUCUCAUACGUCUAGGCUGGUGACAGUAGGUGUUAGCUCCUUAGUUCUAGAAUGCACAGCAGGCUUUACACAUGGUCUCCAUGUUUCUAUCUAUUGAUGAGCAUCCUUUCUUUUAGUAUUAAAUAGUGCAGCUGAUUUCCAAUCAAUUAGUUUUGGUAUAACUUCAGAAAGAACAGUACAUUUCAUAUUGACGUUGUUUACUAACACAUUAAUAGCAUCACUAGUAUUUAUUCAAUACAUUUAUUAAUGCAUUCUGACUGCCACAACUAAGUAUUUAUACGGAAAAAUCAAAUCCAUACAAAUGUGAAUUUGACCCCAUAGGGUCAGCACGCCUACCCUUUUCCAUAAAAUUUGUAGUGGCCAUUACAUUUCUAUUAUUUGACCUAGAAAUUGCUCUUCUCCUACCCUUGCCCUGAAUAUCUCAAACAAUCUAAAAAUUAUACUUACCACGGCACUAAUUCUAAUCUCAUUAUUAACUAGAAGUUCAGCUUAUGAAUGAAUUUAAAAAGGACUAGAAAGAACUGAAUAUGACAAUUAGUUUAAAUUAAAUGACUCGACUCAUUAUGAUUAAUUUCAUAAUUAUCAAACGUCCUUAACUUAUACUGACGUUACCGUAGCAUUUACAUUACAGUCCCCUUCGCGGGAAGCCGGCCCUGGCUCCGUCUUCCGACACGUCCCCUUCGCUGCCCCGCCUCACUCUCCCGCAUCCGUCUUCCUUCCCGCGGGGGCCCGCCUCCAGCCAGGACGGAAGGUCCGCAGGGCAGAGCCUGCAGGGCCAGCACGUGGCGGGGACCCUGUGCCCCACCGCCCGGCGCUUCCUCGCGGCUCUCCGUCCCCACGGCUCCAGGGCGGCCUCGGUGCUGCAGGGAGAGCUGCCGCCACGGCCCCGCUGCGGGGCUGGAGCGCCCAGCAGCCCCCGGGGCCCCAGCCCCUCAGACUUCGGCCUCCUCCUCCGGCGGCGGUGACCCAGCGCCCCAGCCGGAGCAGG